GACGGCUUUUUCUAAGAUCUCACUUCCUCAUAGGCAGAGAAGCUGAGAGUUGUCGGUGAGGCUGGGGGUGUCGACUUGACACAGAGUAGGAACAAGCGACGGGCAAUUGUGAAGGAACGCAAAGGUGCAAUGGCUGAGACUCCAAGUAAACCUGGAGGGGCCGGAAUGUUUGCCAAGCACGUGCAGAAAAGGUUCAUGAGGGCACAAGAAAUGGUUCUCCAGAAAAUGGGCAAAACCAUGGAAACAAAAGAUGAACAGUUUGAGCAGUGCGCAAACAGCUUCAACAAACAACAGGCUGAUGGGAGCAAGCUGCAAAAGGACCUGAAAGCCUAUCUAAAUGCUGUGAGAGCGAUGCACGACACAUCGAAGAGACUCUGCCUUACCCUGCAGGAGAUAUAUGAGCCCGACUGGGAUGGCAAGGAUGAGCUGCUCCCCAUCGUAGAGAAUAAUGACCUGCUGUGGGCGGACUAUGAAGAGAAACUAUCAGAUCAGGCCCUGAGGACAUUGGAGACCUACCUGAGCCAGUUCCCAGCAUUUAAGAAGCGCAUUGCGAAACGAGGGCGUAAGCUGGUGGACUAUGACAGCUGCCGACAUCACCUUGAAUCUCUGCAUAGUGCCAAGAAGAAAGAUGAAGCGAAGAUCACAAAGGCAGAAGAGGAGUUUGUCAACGCCCAGAAUGAGUUUGAAGAGCUGAAUGCUCAACUUCGUGAGGAGCUCCCUGAGCUGUGGAACAGGUAUGGUCUGCUUUUGGGAUCAGGGAGCCUGAACCAGAGCCUCUACUCUGUGAUGACCAAACUGGAGAAGCAGCACAGUACCACGGUGUUUAUUGUGAAGGGCGUGGCUAGCAACAGGCGUUCAUUGAUUAUCUCGUCACCAGUCAAUCCGGCCAGUCGACUUUCAAUCUCGUCGGAGAGUGGCCUUACGCUAACUUCGGCCACCACUGCUCUGCCAAAGGAAGAGGCAGUGCCUCCUGGUGCCCCAUCCUCCACUGAAGCUACACGGGCACCACCAGUGGCACCUAGUGAGGAAGCCCCUGAAGCAGCUGAGCCACACGAAGACCCGCUGCCCGCUACUGCGUCGCCGCCCAUCAAAACUCCGAAACCUCUUCCCCGCUUAUCAAUAAGCAAGGCUGAGCCCCUGGACCUCCCUUCUCCUGAUGCACAAUCCCCUCUUGCCUUACCUCAAGACACCUCAGCCUCUAUUGAUCUGGAACCUGCUGAGGAGCCUGGAGAUUCGAGGUCAGAGUCCCCCGCCAAGAUCGUCGAAGCCCCUCAAAGUGACCCCUCUCCAGCAGAAGCAACACCGGGCGCCGGGUCCAGCGAUGAAUCGACCACUGACGGAGCAUGCUCAGAAGCCUUGGCCAUCAAUACACCCCUGUCACUGGAAACCUCAUCCACUGUGAGUAUUGACGCUGGGGGCAAGGACACCAGUACAGCCGUUGAGGAAUUAGGUCUCUCGUCCUCGCUGUCGCCUCUGAGUCCAUCAGUGGAUCCAGCCCCAGCUCCUCACUCAGCCCCGUUGACUGGGGAAGUAUCCCUGAUGCCAAGUGAUGCCCUUGAACUCUCGCCAGCCGUGUCUUCGGAUGCCGCAGCUCCUUCUGAAAGUCAAGCGCAGGAUUCAGAGGCCCAAGCUUCACCCUUGAUGGAAGAGCGGGCAUCAUCUGAGCUGGCUCCCCAGGCCGGCCCUAUAACCUCAAAGGGAGAACCUGGAGGCCAGAUCUUGAAUGAGGCCUUGUCCUCUCCUGCGGAAAAUACAGUCAACGAGGCGACCGGUCCAAGUGACCCUCCAGCUCCUGAGGUGCCGCAGACUUGUAGCGAGGAAAUCACGGCGUGUAAUGCUCCGAGGGAAGGCCCCGUCCUUUCAGCUCGCCUUCGAGAGAAUGAUACUUUGAGCUCGACAGAAGAUGGCUCCCAGGACACGCCCGCGCCUUGUGAGGCCGCCAUGACCUCUGACCCAGCGUCACCUCAGGCCCUGGCUCUUCCUGUUACAGAUAAGGAUGAGGUGGAAGACAACAGAGCGAAGGCUGAUGCCAGCAAAGAGAUAGCUCUGUCUCCUUCAUGCAGUGAAGGACUGACAUCAGAGCAGUCAGUUUGUGAAGAGCGGCCACCUGGAUUCAUGUAUAAGGUACGCUGGGUCCCAACUGAGGUGAGAAACACACUGCUCCGUUGCUCCGCUAGUCACAUCGUUAGUGCAAAUAUUUACGUUACUCGGCUAUGUCUCUCUGGGCAGCAAGCAAAGACCAGGUUUCAGGGAUUCGACAAAUGCAUUAAGGACAAAAGGUUUCUGUUCCAGGCGAAAGGAUGCCUGAUGGGUGUGAGGGAGGACGAUUGGAAUCAGAGUAAGGAUGUGGCCAAUCUGCAAGGUCUAUUCCCAGAAGACCUCACUGAGCGUGUGGAUUGAAGACCGAUUCGGUUGUUGACACUCCUGGUUCGAGCUCCACUGAGAAAGCCACCAUGUAAUUGCAUUAACCUCCAUGCAAAAUGAGCUUCCAUGGAUGCGGCAAUAGCAAGCACAGCAACACAGCUCAGUUGCAGUUGAACAGUGGCAAAGCUGGAGAUAACUUGAAAGAGCUUUAUAGCUUGUGUUUGUGUGCUUCUGUCUUGAGUUUCAUUUCUUUACAUGCACUGCAUUAAAAAGCUGCAUUGUGGAAA